CGGUGGCUGAGAAGGCGGAGGAGCCGCGAGCAUCCCUCCCUCGGCCCUCCACGCCAGGCCGGAGUCGUGGACUGUGAACCGCACGGAGCAGCGGAGGCGGCGACGGAAAGAUGCGGGGCGCUGGGCCCCGGGGUGCAGGACGCCGGCGGCUCCCGGGCGGCUCCCGCCGCGCUGCGACGUCCCUGGCCGGCUGCUACCCCGCACCUCGCCGGGCCCCGCUCUGGACAUGCCUGCUGCUGUGCGCCGCGCUCCGGACCCUCCUGGCCAGCCCCAGCAACGAAGUGAAUUUAUUGGAUUCACGUACUGUCAUGGGGGACCUGGGAUGGAUUGCUUUUCCAAAAAAUGGGUGGGAAGAGAUUGGUGAAGUUGAUGAAAAUUAUGCUCCCAUUCACACAUACCAAGUAUGCAAAGUUAUGGAACAAAAUCAGAAUAACUGGCUUUUGACCAGUUGGAUCUCCAAUGAAGGUGCUUCCAGAAUAUUCAUAGAACUCAAGUUUACUCUGCGGGACUGCAACAGCCUUCCUGGAGGACUAGGCACCUGUAAGGAAACUUUUAACAUGUAUUACUUUGAGUCAGAUCAUGAGAAUGGGAGAAACAUUAAAGAAAACCAGUACAUCAAAAUUGAUACCAUUGCUGCUGAUGAAAGUUUUACUGAACUUGAUCUUGGUGACCGUGUCAUGAAGCUGAAUACAGAGGUUAGAGAUGUAGGACCGCUGAGCAAAAAGGGAUUUUAUCUUGCUUUUCAAGAUGUGGGUGCUUGUAUUGCUCUAGUUUCAGUGCGUGUGUACUAUAAAAAGUGCCCUUCUGUGGUGCGACACUUAGCUGUCUUCCCCGACACCAUCACUGGAGCCGAUUCUUCGCAACUGCUUGAGGUGUCCGGAUCCUGUGUCAAUCAUUCGGUGACGGAUGACCCACCCAAAAUGCACUGCAGUGCUGAAGGGGAGUGGCUGGUGCCCAUCGGGAAAUGCAUGUGCCAGGCAGGAUAUGAAGAGAAAAAUGGCACCUGUCAAGUGUGCAGACCUGGGUUCUUCAAAGCCUCACCUCACAGCCAGAGCUGCAGCAAAUGUCCACCUCACAGUUAUACCCAUGAGGAAGCUUCAACCUCUUGUGUCUGUGAAAAGGAUUAUUUCAGAAGGGAGUCUGAUCCACCCACAAUGGCAUGCACAAGACCCCCAUCCGCUCCUCGGAAUGCCAUCUCAAAUGUUAAUGAAACUAGUGUCUUUCUGGAAUGGAUUCCUCCUGCUGACACUGGUGGAAGGAAAGAUGUGUCAUAUUAUAUUGCAUGCAAGAAGUGCAACUCCCAUGCAGGGGUGUGUGAGGAGUGUGGCAAUCAUGUCAGGUACCUCCCCCAGCAAAUCGGCUUGAAAAACACCUCUGUCAUGAUGGUGGAUCUGCUCGCUCACACAAACUAUACCUUUGAGAUUGAGGCAGUGAAUGGAGUGUCCGACUUGAGUCCAGGAGACCGGCAGUAUGUGUCUGUAAAUGUAACCACAAAUCAAGCAGCCCCCUCACCAGUCACCAAUGUGAAAAAAGGAAAGAUUGCAAAAAACAGUAUCUCCUUGUCUUGGCAAGAACCAGAUCGUCCCAAUGGAAUCAUCCUAGAGUACGAAAUCAAGUAUUUUGAGAAGGACCAAGAGAGCAGCUAUACAAUUAUCAAAUCGAAAGAGACAACUAUAACUGCCGAGGGCUUGAAACCUGCUUCCAUAUAUGUCUUCCAAAUUCGAGCCCGCACUGCAGCAGGCUAUGGUGUCUUCAGUCGAAGAUUCGAGUUUGAAACCACCCCAGUGUCAGUUGCAGCUUCCAACGAUCAAAGCCAAAUUCCUAUAAUUGCUGUGUCUGUGACAGUGGGAGUCAUUUUGUUGGCAGUGGUUAUCGGCUUCCUCCUCAGUGGAAGUUGCUGCGAAUGCGGCUGUGGGAGGGCUUCUUCCCUGUGCGCUGUUGCCCAUCCAAGCCUAAUAUGGCGGUGUGGUUACAGCAAAGCAAAACAAGAUCCAGAAGAGGAAAAGAUGCAUUUCCAUAAUGGGCACAUUAAACUUCCAGGAGUAAGAACUUAUAUUGAUCCACAUACUUAUGAGGAUCCUAAUCAGGCUGUCCAUGAAUUUGCCAAGGAAAUAGAAGCUUCAUGCAUCACGAUUGAAAGAGUAAUUGGAGCAGGUGAAUUUGGUGAAGUCUGCAGUGGACGCUUAAAACUUGCAGGAAAAAGAGAAUUACCUGUGGCUAUCAAAACUCUUAAAGUAGGCUAUACUGAAAAGCAACGCAGAGAUUUCCUAGGGGAAGCAAGUAUUAUGGGGCAGUUUGAUCAUCCUAACAUUAUUCAUUUAGAAGGUGUUGUGACCAAAAGUAAACCUGUGAUGAUUGUGACAGAGUAUAUGGAAAAUGGUUCUUUAGAUACAUUUUUAAAGAAAAAUGAUGGGCAGUUCACAGUGAUUCAGCUUGUUGGCAUGCUGAGAGGCAUCGCUGCAGGAAUGAAGUACCUUUCUGACAUGGGUUAUGUGCAUAGAGACCUUGCUGCCAGAAACAUCUUAAUCAAUAGUAACCUUGUGUGCAAAGUGUCUGACUUUGGACUUUCCAGGGUACUGGAAGAUGAUCCUGAGGCAGCCUACACUACAAGGGGAGGCAAAAUUCCAAUCAGGUGGACUGCCCCAGAAGCUAUCGCAUACCGAAAAUUCACCUCGGCCAGUGACGUCUGGAGCUACGGAAUCGUGAUGUGGGAAGUGGUGUCUUAUGGCGAGAGACCCUAUUGGGAGAUGACCAAUCAAGAUGUGAUUAAAGCAGUCGAGGAAGGCUACCGUCUGCCAAGCCCUAUGGACUGUCCUGCUGCUCUCUAUCAGUUAAUGCUGGAUUGCUGGCAGAAAGACCGAAAUAGCAGACCCAAGUUUGAUGAAAUCGUCAACAUGCUGGACAAGCUGAUCCGUAACCCAAGUAGCUUGAAGACGCUGGUUAAUGCAUCAAGCAGAGUGUCUAAUUUAUUGGCAGAACAUGGUUCACUGGGAUCUGGGGCCUACAGAUCAGUAGGCGAAUGGCUUGAAGCAAUCAAAAUGGGCCGGUAUACAGAAAUUUUCAUGGAAAAUGGAUACAGUUCAAUGGACGCUGUGGCUCAGGUGACCUUGGAGGAUUUGAGGCGACUUGGAGUGACUCUUGUCGGUCACCAGAAGAAGAUCAUGAACAGCCUUCAAGAAAUGAAGGUGCAGCUGGUAAAUGGGAUGGUGCCAUUGUAACUUCAUUUUAACAUAACUUCAUCAAGUGAAUGAUUCUGCACUUUGUAAACAGCCCUGAGAUUUAUUUUAACAAAAGAGGGAGUGGGAUAGGGAAAAAUUCAGUGAUUUCUAAAACUUGAGAAGUGCAUUUGUUUCAGCCACAGAAUUUGUAAUCAGUGUUCUACUAAAAUCUCAUCUUCCUCUCAGUAUCUUCAUUUUUCAUGAAGAAAAUAUAACUUGUGUGGAAUGAGAACUUGCAGCUAAGCAUUAUCUUGUGUUACAUCAACAAAAUCCUUCACAACACUUCCACAAAAUUUUAUACAUGAAAUAUAUUAUUAUCUGUAGCACCUUUAUAGACUGAAUUAUGCAAGCCCUUUCAAAACUUCCAAGAAUCUACUUGACAGGAGAAGAUUUAUAGCCAUGUGUGGGCUAACAAAAGCUGCGAUUUACUGAAGUUUACUUCAAGUCUAAAUUGUCUACAUAAGUGUAUUGAAGAGCAAUAUGGUUAGAUAAUUUCUCAAUAGAUACCUUCUUUUGUAAUUUAAAAUGCUGUUACACAGCAUUAAGUAAAAGGAAUUAGUGUAAAAACAUGUUGCUUGAUAAGGACAAAUACAAUACAGGGUGUAUAUUUAUUUUUCUGUGUUAUAAAUUUUACUUCUAGUUGCUCUUCUAGAAACUAUUAGGUAAUAAAUGUGUAUAUGCUGUAUAAAUUACUGUAUACCCAGCAACCAAUUUACAUUUUGAAUUGUGUGUUUGAGCUUGCACAUGUGUGCAUUACCAUUCUGUUUGCAUCCUUAAUACUGUUUUAAUUUUAGCAACAUACAGGAGCAAAUGUUCCAAAGUAUAAUAUGAAUAGAAAACAUAGAGAAGCAGUAAAAUUUAACAUAAGCUUGUGUCUUUUCUUCCUCUCAUGUGUCCAAAAGCUACUAAAUCUCUUUAUUCACUAACAGGAAAUGUCUAUAAGAUUAAAUCCCCUUUGGCUUUUUAAAAACACUUUGUGAUAUCUGUGACAAUGCAGUUCUUCUAACCAUUAAUCUUGCACCCUUGUAAGAAAUUUCACCUUUCUCAGUCCCAGAAAAUAUCUUGUCAAGAAAAGUUGACACCGAAGGGCACAUUUUCAGCAGGAUGUAGGAGGAUUUAACUGUGCAGGUUUCUGUUAAUGUUGUUAAAUCCAGGCACAUAGCACUAAGCAUUACCCUUAAGUGUUAAUCCUUUGUAACCAUUUCCCCUGUGGCUCAGCUCUACAAAUUUGAUACUAAGGCAGCAAUGAAAUGAUGACAAAUGUGUGUGUGUGCUUCUGCAUGCAUGGGUGUCUGUGUCUUGUGUGUA